UAAUUUUGUGACAACUCUUCAAAAAUAUAAUAAAAUAUAUUAACAUACCUAUCGAAUUUUUGCAGCAAUUAUUAUUAGAACAAACGUCUGACGGUUUAUAAAAUAAUACAUUAUUGUUGUAUACACGUGUUGUUAGUGACGUGUCCGUUUGCCUAUUAAUAUAGUUACAUGUUUUCGAUCGAGGAGAACGUCUCACGAUGAAAUUGAACGUAGUCUUCCUGCACCCCGACCUGGGCAUCGGCGGUGCCGAACGGCUGGUGGUCGACGCGGCUAUGGCGAUGAAGCAAUCGGGACAUUCCGUUCGGUUCGUCACCAACCAUCACAGUGUCUCGCACUGUUUCGAAGAGACCAGAGACGGUACGUUGCCGGUGACUGUCGUCGGCGACUGGCUGCCGAGGACGGUGUUCGGCAAGUGUUACGCACUGUGCAGUUACGUGCGUAUGGUGUACGCCGCAUUGUACCUGACGUUUUUCAGUUCCAUCCAUCCGGAUGUGGUGUUCGUCGACCAAAUAUCGGUUUGCAUUCCCAUACUGAAUUGGAUGUCCUGCAAAGUACUGUUCUACUGCCACUAUCCCGAUCAACUGUUAGCCGCGCACGACCACGCCUUGAAGCGAUAUUAUCGACUGCCGUUGGACUGGCUGGAAGAGAAGACCACUGGGUGCGCUCACACGAUCUUGGUCAACAGUCAUUUCACAUUGGACGUAUUCAAGAGAACGUUUAAAAGUAUAAAGACAGUACCAACAGUCGUCUACCCGUCCAUAAACACAGAAUUUUUCGACAAUACUGAAACCAUACAAGUAAAAGAUUUAAUAGACGUGGACAAUUGUAAAUACAUUUUAUCCAUAAAUAGGUAUGAGAGGAAGAAAAAUCUGAGUUUGGCGAUCCAUAGUUUCAAUUUGUUAUCCGACAAGAAAAUAAAACUUGUCUUGGCAGGAGGUUAUGAUCCUUUGAAUUCAGAAAAUAUUGAAUAUUUUCAAGAGUUAGUGAAUCUUGUUCAAGAUAUGAAACUCGAUAAACGUGUUAUAUUUUUUAAAUCACCAUCAGAUACCAUAAAAAUAUCACUCCUUAGAUAUUGCUUAUGCUUGGUAUACACUCCGUCUUUUGAACAUUUUGGUAUUGUGCCAUUAGAAGCCAUGUACUGUGGUAAACCUGUUGUGGCAGUUAAUAAUGGUGGACCCAAAGAGACCAUUGAAAAUGAUCAUAAUGGAUACUUACGAAAUGCUGAACCUGAAGAUUUUGCUGAUGCUAUAAAACAGUUAGUAGAAGUUGAAGGAAAGGCUGAUUUAUUUGGAAAGCAUGGUAAAAAGAGAUUUAAUGAUAUUUUUUCAUUUGGGGCAUUUAAAACUAAAAUAGAUAGUAUAUUAGAAAAUAUAUAUGUCUGAAUAAAAUACAACUUGGAUUUGUAUUUUGUGAUAUUUGGUUAUAAG